AAAACUACUCUUUAUGUGAAAAACAUUAUAACCAGAUUGUUAGAAGUUCUUUUGUUAAAAUGAAAAGUAAAGUGGAUAAUUUAAGUUUUUCAGAUUUGGAAGAAGAGGAGAGAAAAAAUAGAAAGCUUACUGAUGUUAACGAUGAUUGUGGGUUUUUCAAUUUUGGAGUCCAAGUAUCUUUACCAGAUCCUGAGUAUGAAAUACUUUUUAAAAGAAUUGAAAAGUUGGAAAGUCUUAAUCAACAACUAUUAUCAGAAAAAAAAACACUAAAAAGAUUGUUAAAUGAAAAGCUUACUGACAAACAAGAUCAUUUAAAGUUGGUAAUGGAGAUUGCUAAAAUGGAACGACAUAAU